AAAACUAGUUACAAUAGAGAAUUGGGUUAUUCGGUAAAAAUCGUUUGCGACAAUUUGUUCAGAACUGCCACAAAAAAUAUCUUCACGACGCAGCUCGAAAAUAUUUUAAUAAAAUUAGUCACAGCAGCUGAAAUGGAUUUUGCAGAAUAUCGUCAAAGAGGUAAAGAAAUGGUUGAUUACAUUGCUGACUAUUUGGAGAACAUUCGAGAUCGUCGUGUUUUCCCUGACGUUAAGCCAGGAUAUAUGAGAAGUAUGCUACCGGAAUCGGCGCCAAUCGAAGGUGAAAAUUGGGAAACAAUAUUUGGUGAUGUGGAACGAGUUGUAAUGCCCGGUAUAACACAUUGGCAAAGUCCACAUAUGCAUGCAUACUUUCCAGCCUUAAAUUCAUUUCCCUCUCUACUCGGCGAUAUGUUAGCCGAUGCAAUUAACUGUUUGGGUUUUACAUGGGCCAGUUCGCCAGCUUGUACAGAACUCGAAAUAAUUGUUAUGAAUUGGUUGGGAAAGAUGAUUGGCUUACCAGAUGAUUUCCUACAUUUACAUAAUAAUAGCAAAGGUGGAGGCGUUAUCCAAACAACAGCAAGUGAGUCGACAUUGGUUUGCUUACUGGCAGGCAGAACGCGGGCUAUACAGCGUUACCAUGAGAAAAAUCCUGGCUAUCAGGAUGCAGAAAUCAAUGCACAACUUGUUGCCUAUUGCUCAGAUCAAGCACAUUCCAGUGUUGAGAAAGCUGCUUUGAUUGGUCUAGUGCGUAUGCGUUUUGUUGAAGCUGACGAAAAUCUUGCGAUGCGUGGUCAACAUUUACGCGAAGCAGUAGCGGAUGACAUUAAACAGGGCUUAGUGCCCUUCUGGGUCUGCGCUACACUUGGUACUACCGGUUCUUGCUCUUUUGAUAAUCUAGAUGAGAUUGGAGUCGUAUGUCGCGAAUAUAAUAUGUGGCUACAUGUCGAUGCUGCCUAUGCUGGAAGUGCUUUUAUCUGUCCAGAAUUUCGUACUUGGCUUAAAGGUAUAGAGUAUGUGGACUCAAUAGCAUUUAAUCCUUCAAAGUGGUUAAUGAUACAUUUUGACGCAACUGCAUUAUGGAUAAAGGACAGCACGGCAGUUCAUCGCACAUUUAAUGUAGAACCUUUGUACUUACAACAUGAAAAUUCCGGUGUGUCUGUUGAUUAUAUGCAUUGGCAAAUUCCAUUGAGUCGUCGAUUUAGAGCACUUAAAAUUUGGUUCGUUCUACGUUCGUUUGGCAUUAAAGGCUUACAACGUCACAUACGUGAAGGUGUCCGCUUAGCGCAGAAAUUUGAGGCAUUGGUCUUAGCAGACCACCGUUUCGAGAUACCAGCCAAAAGAUAUUUGGGCUUAGUAGUUUUUCGUAUUAAGGGAGACAAUGAAAUAACUGAGCGAUUAUUAAAACGUUUAAACCACCGUGGAUUUCUGCACUGUAUACCAUCCUCACUAAAAGGUAAAUAUGUCAUUCGAUUCACAGUCACCUCGACGCACACAACUGUUGAUGAUAUACUCAAGGAUUGGAAUGAAAUAAGACGAGUGGCUUCCAUUAUAUUAGAUGAAAUGAAUAUAACAAUAAUGAAUAAGAAUAAAGUAUACUUAAAAGACACCAAAGACAAGAGUGAAGCAUUUGGUUCAAGUCUUUUGCUUUCUAAUUCUCCAAUGUCUCCAAAAAUAGUGAAUGGUUCUUUUGCCGCGAUAUUUGACGCUGAUGAGUUUCUAGCAAAAACCUAUGCUGGCAUCAGAAUAGCUCAUCAGGAAUCGCCUUCAAUGCGCAGGAGAGUUCGAGGAAUUCUAAUGUCUGGUAAGCAGUUCUCUUUAGAUUCGCAUAUGGAUGUAGUUGUACAAACAACUUUGGACUCAAACGUAACAGACAGUAAAGUUGACUCGUAUGGUAAAACCAUACCGAAUCGUAGAAAUAUAGAAACACAACCCAUAAGUGAAGUGUAUGAAGAAUCAGUGGAAGGUUAUGAACGGUUCGAAGUACAAAAUCCAACGACGAAAAAUAAAUGCUUUUCUUUGCAACUCACACCCUACUAUUCCACAAGAGAUAUUAUAACUUUGCCACCAAUCUGUUUGUCGACACAAACGAAAACCCCUGAACAUAUACGACAGACAGCCUACAUCACAAUUCCAAUCGAUCAGCAAGAACAACAGCAAAUGAACACAUUUCACAUAUAUCCCGCAAGACAUACUGCUAUUGCUAGUAAUACCAUUGCAGUAGACAGUAUUAGAAUUCCUGUUUCUCAUACUCAAGUAUUCAAAUCAUCUUUAAAAACUACAUCGACUUUUAAAGAAACACCAUCUACCGAAUUUGGAACAAAGCUCCCAAAAAAAGUUUCAAAAGCGACUAAGAACAACAAUUCACCAAGUAAACAAACAAGUACGGUAUACCAUGGGAAACGUUACUUAGAUCCAGUAACAAGCUUGUUUGAGAAUUGCUCUUUCACCAACACUGUCUUUCAAGUACCAACGCCUACCGAUGAAUAUCAGUUUACAGAUUAUUGUAAUAUAUUUUCAGACGCCGAAGAAGUACAAACACCAGGAAAAGUUGAUUGGGAUGGUGUUUUAAGAAAUUUCGAUAAUCCUAAGCUCAUAUGCAAUCAUCCAAUAAAACAAAUCCGUUGUAGAAGGAAUAUAUCAACAGGGCUCAGCUCAUCCGACAGUAAUGAAAGCUACACACGAAGAGCAACACACAUAUUAGCGACACAUAAAUCAGCGCGGAAGGAAAUGAACUCAAAUCAACUAAAAGGCAAAUCUGCUAUACUGAAACCUAUUGCAGCCUCAACUUCACUUGAAUCUUCAGAAUCACCAACUCAGCCAUUAAGUGAUUCUGAAAAUAUGGCCUCAAUAGCAACGUCACCUGAAUCUCUCUGA